UUCGCGGGAGGGAGGGGAAGGCCUAGGGAAGCAAGCAGCGCCGCCGCCGCAGCUGCAGCCGGAGUUGGAGGAGGGAGAAGCUAGGAAGAAAAUGGCGGCUGUGGCUGCAGAGGCGGCAGCGACUGCAGCGUCCCCCGGGGAGGGGGGCGCCGGCGAGGCCGAGCCGGAGAUGGAGCCCAUCCCCGGCAGCGAGGCCGGCACUGACCCCCUCCCGAUCACCGCUACUGAAGCGUCCGUGCCGGACGGCGAGGCGGACGGGCAGCAGUCCGCUCCUCAGGCCGACGACCCACCGCUCCCGCCUCCGCCGCCGCCGCCAGGGGAACUCGCCCGCAGCCCCGAGGCAGCGGGGCCAGAGCUGGAGGCUGAGGAGAAGCUGCCCGUCCGGGUGGCGGAGCCAGAGGCAGCUGCGCCUCGCGAAGGACCCGACCUUCCACCCUCUCCCCCAGCACAGCCGCCGGAGCGGCCCCGGUCUCCGGACGAGCGCGAGGAGACGCCGCUGUCCCAGCCUGCAGCCCCGGGGCUGCUGCCGCCGGCGGGCGGGGACUCGGCGGUGUCGCAACUGAUUCCGGGCUCAGAGGUGCGGGUCACGCUGGACCACAUCAUUGAGGACGCGCUCGUGGUGUCGUUCCGCCUCGGGGAAAAGCUCUUCUCCGGGGUUCUCAUGGAUCUGUCCAAAAGGUUUGGGCCUCAUGGGAUCCCUGUGACAGUAUUUCCCAAAAGGGAAUAUAAGGAUAGACCGGAAGCCAUGCAGCUCCACAGUAACACAUUCCAGGAAGGGACAGAAGUCAAGUGCGAGGUGAACGGUGCUGUUCCUGCGGGCCCUCUGCCUGUCCCAGCUCCGCAGCUGAGCUUGGCUGGAAGCCUGUGGACUUCCAAACCGCCGCCUCUCUUCCACGAGGGAGCCCCUUACCCUCCCCCUUUGUUCAUCAGGGACACAUAUAACCAAUCAAUACCUCAGCCACCGCCUCGGAAAAUUAAGCGGCCCAAGCGAAAAAUGUACAGGGAAGAACCCACUUCGAUCAUGAAUGCUAUUAAACUACGCCCCAGGCAAGUCCUCUGUGAUAAGUGUAAAAACAGUGUUGUUGCUGAAAAAAAGGAAAUUAGAAAAGGUAGUAGUGCAAGUGAUUCUUCUAAAUACGAGGACAAAAAGCGGAGAAAUGAAAGUGUAACUACUGUGAACAAAAAACUGAAAACU